AUGUCUGCUAACCUACCCAGUGAUGUAGCAGCUCCUCAUCAUGUGCUUAUUUUUGACCACGUGAGAACGAAUAUUGGUAAUGGAUAUCAUUCUUCUACAGGGGUGUUCAUAGUCCCAGAGACAGGGGUCUAUGUAUUUAUAUGGAGUUUUAGAAAUGGCGAUGAUGGAGCUCACUCCUCACAGCUCAUGAUUAAUUCAGAGGAGUGGGGAAUAACACACAGUAACACUGCCGUAAACGCUUGGAGCCAGUCCACGGGUUGUGUAGUAGCCCAUCAUGUUGUUUCUGCAGUCAGUCCAAAUCAAAAGCCGUCAAACAAUCAUAUGCAUGAAAAAGAAGAAAGCUUGAAAAGCAAGGAAGACCCCAGCGGAGAAGUCAACGUGACUGAUGCUUUCCCUACAAAUGAUGUACCUGGGAAUUUAGAAAACAAAGAUGUCAGUAUCCUCAAAUCCACACAACAGGAGGAAUUUGGAAGAAAAGAAAGAUUGUUAAUCCCAGAAACUCAAGGAGCAGUUGUUGCUUUCUACGCGUACAUGUCAUCUGAUCUACCCAGUAAUGUAGCAACUCCUCAUCACGUGCUUAUUUUUGACCACGUGAGAACUAAUAUUGAAAGAUUGCUAAUCCCGGAAGUACCUGGUGCACUGGUUGCCUUCUACGCGUACAUGUCUGCUAACCUACCCAGUAAUGUAGCAACUCCUCAUCACGUGCUUAUUUUUGACCACGUGAGAACCAAUAUUGGUAACGGACAUCAUCCUUCCACUGGGGUAUUUAUAGCUCCAGAGGCAGGGGUCUACGUAUUUAUAUGGACUUUUAGAAAUGGCAAUGGUGGAAUUCACUCCACGCAGCUAAUGAUAAAUUCAGAGGAGUGGGGAAUGACUCACAGUCACACUCUUACAAACAGUUUCCCCCAGUCCACGGGUUGUGUGGUGGCCCAUGUAAAUAAGGGAGAUGACGUUUUUGUAAAAACUUCAGAUUCUAGCUCGGGGAAUAUCUAUAGCGACAGUUAUGGUAAAACCUCAUUCUCUGGAUGGAAAAUUAAUUAA